GGUGCCUAAUUGAUGCACAUGGAAAUCAGUUUCUGAAUUUGAUUUUAACAUGGAAAUCUUUGUUGAUAUCACAUUCACUUAACCUUAUAGGAAUUAACCAAAGAAAAAAAAUAGCAUGCAGUUGGAGGCACAGAUUUACUAGCAAGGGAAAAAUGGAUUGUAAUAAAGAUGAAGCCAUCAGAGCCAAAGAGCUCGCUGAGAAAAAACUUUCAGAGAUGGAUAUUCGUGGGGCCAAAAAAUUUGCUGUGAGGGCCCAGAACUUGUGUCCUAGACUUGAUGGUCUUGCUCAGUUGCUUGCAACCCUUGAUGUAUAUGUUUCUUCGGAGAAGAGGAUAAAUGGUGAAGUGGACUGGUAUGGGGUUCUUGGUGUUCAACCAUUUGCUGACGAUGACACAAUUCGGAAAAAUUAUAGGAAACUGGCUCUCGUUCUUCAUCCAGAUAAAAACAAAUCAGUAGGAGCUGAUGGUGCUUUCAAAACUUUGUCUGAGGCAUGGAGUGUGUUAUCUGAUAAAACCAAGAGAAUGUCUUAUGACCAGAAACAGAACUUCAAGGGUAUAUAUGCUGAUGUUUUUAAUGGGAAUCCAUCCUCAUCAAUGCCUACCAACUGGACCAAUAAUAAUACUUUCAAUACCAGGAAUCAUCAAUGUGCUACUCAUCCUUAUCCUGCUGCUCCUUCUAGUCAAGUGAAAAAUGACACUUUUUGGACAACCUGCAGUUCAUGUAAAGUGCAAUUUGAGUACCUCAGGAACUAUCUCAAUCACAGCCUUCAUUGCAUCCACUGUCAUAAGCCCUUUAUGGCUGUUGAGACACCACCUCUGUCAAUAAACAGCAGCAAUGGUUCUACUCAACGGACUUCCAACAACCUGCGACAGAAUACCAGUCAAAUGCAUAAUAUGAGGCCAACUAGAUUUUCUGGUAUUCAGUCAUUAGUUAGAGUUCCUCAAUCAGGUGCUUUCUCUAAAUUGGGUGGUAACAUAGGUGUGAGUGCCCCAUCUUUCUUUACUGCUCAAGCUACAGAUGACAGCAAGCCAGCAUUUGAGCAGUUAAAGAGAGGAAAUGAAGAGGCACAUACAGCUGGCCUGAGAGUCAAUGAACUUGGGAUCAAGUUUCAUGAUUCUCAAAGGAGAGCUGCUGUUUUAGAUAUUGCUUCUUCUGGUGCUGGUUCUGGUUCUACAAUUAAAGCACAGAGGCCUAAGAAAAGAAGAUGCAUCAGUGACCAUGAGUGGAGGUGGUAUGAAAGACUUGUGAAAAAUCAAGUUGUAUUGGGGAAUGGGGUUGGUGUUCCUAAAGCUCAAAAUAGUAGUUCUGAACCAAUAAGAGCAAAUUUUCCCAGAAAUUUUAGAUUUAGUAGUACAAGGGAGCUGUCGCUGCUAGAAAUUCGAAAUAUGUUGAUGAUGAAGGCUAAGACAGAGAUCCUUAGGAAGCUCAAUGACUGGGACACUGCAUCCAAACCCAAUGCUUUACAUGAAUCAAAUAUUGUAGAAAAGGAGAUCAGUGAGAAGCAACAAGGAAGUGGGGCAGAUGCAGAAAAUGGUGGGAAUGAAGACACAAAUAAAUCAGCAGACAUUAUGGAUGUUAAGACUAGAAUUCAUCCUAAAAAGUUAUCCUCUGCUGUAUCUGAUGCUGACAGUACCACUGAGGAUGUUGACCCUAUCAUGGAGGAAGCUGAUCUGAUGUCAAUGAGUGUGCCAGAUCCUGAUUUUCAUGAUUUUGACAACGAUCGAACUGAGAAAUCAUUUGGCGAUAACCAGGUUUGGGCUGCAUAUGAUAAUGAUGAUGGCAUGCCACGUUAUUAUGCAAUGAUUCACAGUGUCAUGUCAUUGAAACCAUUCAAGAUGCGGAUAAGCUGGCUUAAUUCAAAAAGUAAUCAUGAAUUGAGCCCACUGAACUGGAUUGGCUCUGGCUUCUACAAAACUAGUGGGGAUUUUUGGAUUGGCAAGUAUGUAAUUAACAAGUUGCUUAAUUCUUUCUCCCACAAGGUUAAAUGGUCAAAAGGCAGAAAGGGGGCUAUUCAAAUAUAUCCUCGUAAGGGAGAUGUUUGGGCCCUAUAUAGGAACUGGUCCCCUGAUUGGAACGAGCUUACCCCUGAUGAAGUGAUUCACAAUUAUGAUAUGGUGGAGGUGCUUGAAGAUUACAAUGAGCAAAGUGGUGCUGUUGUUGUUGGUCCACUGGUAAAAGUAGCUGGAUUCAAAACAGUGUUUCGGCAACACCCAGAGCCAAGUAUGACCAGGAUCAUUCCCAGAGAACAGUUGUUUCAGCUGUCUCAUCAGGUCCCUUCUUAUUUGCUCACAAGUCAAGAAGGUCCUAACGCUCCCAAGGGUUGCUUGGAGCUUGAUCCUGCAGCUAUGCCAUUAGAACUUCUGAAGGUAUUAACUGAAGCUCAGGUGAAAGAAAUGGAGGUCACCACCAACUUGGAAAUAUCAGAGGAGAGAGAGCAGGUAGAAAUUGGAAAGCCGUUGAAGUUGAAACCAGAUAUUAUUCCUGAAAGUAUUGGAAAACCAGUUGGGACAGAAGUGGAGGAGAGAAAGGAAAUAAAAAUGCCCCAGAUGAUUGUGUACAGACGUAGACGAAAAAGGGAGUGGAAAAUCUCGAGGAAUGCUUUGAACUAUGAUGUUUCAAAGUAAUUUCUGUAUGUUUCAUCCUCUUUGCAGGCAAAAGAAAUUGGCCAAAUUUUGUUUUAUUUUCUGGUGGCAGGAUGCUCUCAGGAUAUAAUAACCUGAAGAACAUGUUCAAGGAACGUAACCUUGGAUUUUUCCCCCUUGGAAUAUAAACUUCCAAAAUGGUCUGUUUUUUUGCACCAUCCGGUCAAUUUUUGUUUGUCCUGAAGCAACAUUCUAUUUUGUUGUACACCAAAUUUUUAUUUAGAAAGAGGAGGAAUAUCUUUAAUAUCUCUGUUGCGAAUAUCCUUUCUUGAUCAAAUAUAUAAAUCUUCCAUUU